AUGGACGUGUGGGGCCCAGCCCGCGUCCGUGGUCAGGGUCAGGAGAGGUACUUCCUGAUAGUUGUUGACGACUACUCGCGCUACACCACGGUCUUCCCCUUGCGCACCAAGGGUGAAGUCCCUGAUGUUUUGAUCCCUUGGAUCCGCAGAGCUCGUCUCCAGCUCAGCGAGCGUUUCCACUCGGACUUUCCUGUCCUGCGCUUGCACUCUGACAGAGGUGGUGAGUUCUCCUCCGACCUCUUGGCAGCCUACUGUGCUGAGCACGGCAUUGAGCAGUCGUUCACGCUUCCGGCCUCUCCACAGCAGAAUGGGGUUGCGGAGCGCCGCAUUGGCCUAGUCAUGGAGGUCGCCCGUACCUCCUUGAUCCAUGCGGCUGCCCCCCACUUUCUGUGGCCGUUUGCGGUCCAGUACGCUGCGCAUCAGCUCAACCUCUGGCCCCGUGUCUCCAUGCCGGAGACCUCGCCCACACUGCUGUGGACGGGGGAGGUUGGCGAUGCGUCGCGUUUCCGGGUCUGGGGAUCUCGAGCCUUUGUCCGCGACGCUUCCGCGGACAAGCUCUCCACCCGCGCUGUUCCCUGUGUCUUCCUUGGCUUUGUCCCUGACGCGUCUGGUUGGCAGUUUUACCACGCCACCUCGCGCCGGGUCCUUGCCUCUCAGGACGUCACCUUUGACGAGUCUGUCCCCUACUACCGCCUCUUCCCCUACCGCACUGCCCCACUCCCCCCCCCGCCUCUCUUCCUCGCACCAGGUGCUGCUGUGGUAGACCCCCUCCCCCCUCAGGGUGCCGCUCCCUCAGGUGUGUCCCAGGUAGACCCGGUUGACCCUGUUGAGGUAGCUGUUGACUCUCGUCCUGCUGGGGGUGCGGAGCCUGGGGGUGCUGAGCCUGGGGGUGCUGAGCCUGGGGGUGCGGAGCCUGCGGUUGCGGAGCCUGGGGGUGCGGAGUCUGGGGGUACUGAGCCUGGACGUACUGAGUCUGGGGGUGCUGUGCUUGGGGGUGCUGAGCUGCAGAGUGCUGAGUCUGGGGGUGCUGAGCCUGGGAGUCCUGCGCCUGGGGGAGCUCUCUCCUCGGAGCGGCUGCGUGAGUGGUACUCAGAGUACUGCAGCCUCCGGAGAGGUGCCUCUGGGACCAGGAGUGCUGCUGCGACUGGUGCUGGUGCCUCCCCUCCUCAGCGGGAGCUGCCCUCUCUUGAGCGGAUCCGUGAGUGGUACGAGCGGCGCUGCACUCUCCGGAGUGGAGCGCCUGGUGUCGCGGACCCUGGUGCUGGAGGUGCUGCUGCUGCUGCUGGAGGCCCUGCUGGUACUGCGGACCCUGGGGUUGGAGCUGCUGCUGGUACUGCGGACCCUGGAGCUGGAGCUGCUGCUGGUGCUGCGGACCCUGGAGCUGGAGCUGCUGCUGGUACUGCGGACCCUGGAGCUGGAGCUGCUGCUGGUGCUGCGGACCCUGGAGCUGGAGCUGCUGCUGGUGCUGCGGACCCUGGAGCUGGAGCUGCUGCUGGUACUGCGGACCCUGGAGCUGGAGCUGCUGCUGGUGCUGCGGACCCUGGAGCUGGAGCUGCUGCUGGUGCUGCGGACCCUGGCGCUGGAGCUGCUGCUGGUGCUGCGGACCCUGGAGCUGGAGCUGCUGCUGGUGCUGCGGACCCUGGAGCUGGAGCUGCUGCUGGUACUGCGGACCCUGGCGCUGGAGCUGCUGCUGGUGCUGCGGACCCUGGAGCUGGUGCUGCUGGAGCUGCCGCGGGUGCUGGUGCCGUCUCUCCUGGUUCUGGAGUCACUGAGCGGCCCCGACCGUACUUCGUUCCGCUUCUCCAGCAGGUUCUUGGUCAGCCUCCUCCUCCUUGUCCUGCUCCCUCCUUAGCGUGUCCUCCGUCCGUCACGUCGCAGUCGCAGUUACCGCCUCCCUCGCCGCUCCCCGGUCCUUCUCCUUACUCUGGUCCCACGGGAGGUCUUACGGAGCGUCGUGAGCCUGAGUCUCGUCCUGUGUCGCCUGCGUCUCGCUCUACGUCGCCUGUCCGUGCUGCUCGCACUGGUCGUCGUGUCCCGCGUGAGCGUCCUCCCCCUGUCCCUGGCACUCACUACAUGACUCUGCGUCCCUCCACUGCUCCUCAGCGUGUCCUUCUGCCGUCUCCUCCUGCGUCCUCUCUUCCUGAGCUUCCUGACCCGGAGUCUGACUCCCUUCGUGCUGCCCGUCCUACUGUCAUGCGUCUCCUUGCUACUGUUGUCACUGACCCUACCUUUGAGUCCUCUGCUGCGUCUGCUCUCGUUGCUGAGUUAGUUGACUUUGCUGCCGCUUGUCGUCUCGACUACGCCGCUAGCCUAGUUGCUGAGUCUGAGUCUGUCUGUCCUCCGUCCAUCGGGGGUGAGUGUGCUCUUGGCACGGACGUCCUUGAGGACAGGCAGGAGGAGUUCCAGUGCUUUGCUGCUGCUUUACCUCAUCUCGUGUCCAUGCUAGUUGCCCCUGAGGGAGACCCGGAUGCACCAGACAUCCCGACCCCGCGCUCUUACGCUGAGGCGAUGGUGGGUCCCUACUCCUCUCAGUGGCAGACAGCCAUGGACGCAGAGAUGGCUUCCUGGAAGUCCAUAGGCACCUACGUCGACGCUGUUCCCCCACCAGGGGCGAACAUCGUCAGUGGCAUGUGGAUUUUCAGGGUGAAGCGGCCGCCGGGUUCUCCGCCUGUCUUCAAGGCGCGUUACGUUGCUCGAGGCUUCAGCCAGCGUGAGGGAGUCGACUUCUUCCAGACCUUCUCCCCCACCCCGAAGAUGACCACUCUUCGGGUGCUGCUGCACAUAGCCGCUCAGCGUGACUACGAGCUUCACUCUCUUGACUUCAGCACUGCUUUCUUGCAGGGUAGUCUGCACGAGGAGAUCUGGCUGCGCCGCCCUCCUGGCUUCACUGGGUCGUUUCCUCCUGGUACCCAGUGGAGCCUCCGCCGGCCGGUCUACGGUCUCCGCCAGGCACCACGUGAGUGGCACGACACACUGAGGACGACACUUGCGGCACUUGGGUUCGCGCCUUCUACUGCUGACCCGUCGCUGUUUCUGCGCACAGACACUUCGUUGCCGCCGUUCUACAUCCUCGUGUACGUCGACGACUUGGUCUUUGCCACUGCUGACACUCAGGCUCUCGCCCACGUGAAGUCGGAGCUGCAGAAGAGACACACGUGCACAGACCUGGGUGAACUAACAAGCUAUCUUGGCUUGCGGAUCACCCGAGACAGAGCACGGCGCACCAUUACCUUGACUCAGUCACACAUGGUGCAGCAGGUCCUUCAGCGCUUCGGCUUCACGUACUCCUCGCCUCAGUCCACUCCUCUGCCUACCGGUCACUCGCUCUCAGCUCUGCCUUCGGAUGAGUCCGUAGAGCCGAGUGGCCCGUAUCCAGAGCUUGUGGGCUGCCUCAUGUACCUGAUGACCUGCACUCGUCCUGACCUUGCAUACCCUCUUAGCAUCCUUGCACGCUAUGUCGCUCCUGGCCGUCACCGGAAGGAGCACAUGGAUGCCGCUAAGAGGGUGUUGCGCUACUUGUGCAGUACGUCGGGCAUGGGGCUAGUGCUUGGAGGGCGAGACCGAGUUGUUCUCACUGGACACUCAGACGCUUCUUGGGCGGACGACCAGGCCACUCAGCGGUCGUCUCAGGGUUACACCUUCAGCCUUGGCUCCGGUUCAGUUUCUUGGCGUUCUACACGUUCUUCUUCAGUUCUCAGCUCCAGUUGUGAGGCUGAGAUCUACGCCACAGCCAUGGCGGCCCAGGAGCUACGCUGGCUCACCUACCUGCUGACCGACUUGGGAGAGCGGCCUCGUUCUCCUCCAGUGCUGUACGUCGACAACAAGGCUGCCAUUGCCUUGUGUGAGGAGCACAGACUGGAGCACAGAACGAAGCACAUCGCUCUGCGGUACUUUCUGGCUCGUGAGCUGCAGCAGCGUGUCCAGCUUUGUCUGCGUUACGUGGCCACUCAGGCCAACACUACUGAUGUGUUCACCAAGGCGCUUCAGCCUUGUGACCAUCAGCGCUUCUGUACUCUUCUAGGCCUUGUGCCUACUGGACCUCACUUGCUUACUUCUUGA